AUGCCAGCCGACGGCGAGCCUCCCGUGGACCGGCGCCUGCUGCAGCUGAAAAUGGUGCAGGUGGUGUUUCGACACGGGGCGCGGAGUCCUCUCAAGCAGCUCCCGCUGGAGGAGCAGGUAGAGUGGAAUCCCCGGCUAUUGGAGGUCCCACCCCAAACUCAGUUUGAGUAUACCGUCACCAAUCUUGCUGGUGGCCCGAAACCACAUUCUCUUUUUGACUCUCAGUACCACAAGACCGUGCUGAAGGGGGGCAUGUUUGCUGGCCAGCUGACCAGUGUGGGCAUGCGGCAGAUGUUUGCCCUGGGGGAGAGGCUGAGGAAGAACUAUGUGGAGGACAUCCCCUUCCUUUCGCCAACCUUCAACCCACGCGAGAUCUUUGUUCGUUCUACUAAUAUGUAUCGGAAUCUGGAGUCUACCCGCUGUUUGCUGGCUGGGCUUUUCCAACGUCAGAAAGAAGGACCUGCUGUCAUCCACACUGAUGAAGCAAGCUCAGAAGUCUUGUACCCCAACUUCCAGAACUGCUGGAGCCUGCGGGAAAGAAUCAGAGGUCGGAGGCAGGCUGCCUCUUUGCAGUCGGGAAUCUCAGAGGAUUUGAAAAAGGUGAAGGAGGGAAUGGGCAUUGCCAGCAGUGAUGGAGUGGACUUCUUAAUCCUCUUUGACAAUGUGGCUGCUGAGCAGGUGCACGGCCUCCUGAGCUGCCCAACGCUGAAGAGGUUUGCACACGUGAUCGAGCAGAGAGCUGUGGACACAGCCUUGUUCGUGCAAGGUGGAGACAGGGAAAGUCUGCAGAUGGCAGUGGGACCAUUUCUCCAUCUCCUGGAGAGCAACCUGCUAAAGGCCGUGGACCCGGCCACUCCGCCUGACAGUAACAGAAAACUGUACCUCUAUGCGACUCAUGAUGUGACCCUCCUGCCGCUUUUACUGGCCCUGGGGAUUUUUGACCAUAAGUGGCCACCGUUUGCUGCUGAUGUGACCCUGGAACUCUACCAACACCAGGAGUCUUCGGAGUGGUUUGUGCAGCUCUAUUACCAUGGGGAGGAGCAAGUGCCAAGAGGCUGCCCUGAUGAGCUCUGUCCACUGGACAAGUUCCUGAACGCCUUGUCAGUUUACACCGUAAACCCAGAAAAAUACCACACCCUCUGCUCUCAAGCACAGGUGACGGAACUUGGAGAAGGAGAGUGACUGAUUGUCCAAGCAGGAUGUUGAGUUUUAAAUAAAAUGCCUUUGCAUGGUG